UUUAGCUCAUAUCCGACGGUCCAAUUUCAUUUGCCAUCUGCAAAUCUAGCCGUCAAUUCCUAAGGCCACCGUUCGAACUCCAUGUCAAAAGACAUUUGCGGUUGUGCGCCUUACCCUAAUUGCUGUUUCCGUAUGAAUUCCAUCUUCUCCGCCCAGCAUCUCUGCAUCUCUUCCAUCUCUUAGAUAAUACUCGACACACCCUAUCUCGACACCAGUCGUUUGUCGAUGAAGGUCUCAACGAGAGGCUCAUGCAAUCCAGCGAUGGCAAUUUGAUUUGGGAAUACAAAUCAUGGGUAUUGAAAUCAGGUGGAUAUCUCACAACACCGUCAAUAGGAGGUCAACUGCCGACCUCAAUUGGUAUCCUGCUCCCCUGACAACGACCUUCUUUUAAGAUUAAGGANGGUCUAAUCUGUGAGCAUUGUGUGCUGAAUUUGCUAAAAAAAUCUAACCUAUGCCACCUAAUUCUUCACAAUUUUUUAUUGUUUGCAAUGCUGUUUUUAUACCUAGAGUGUAUAUGCUUGAAACAUGAAUCAACAUUGCAAAUACAGCAACUUUUUUUUAUGACAAGCUCUUGGACUUCACGAAACUUAUAAACAGCACAACUAUGUCAACUCUCUUCCUACAUAAAAGUAUCAUCGAAAAUGGCUUGUAAGUACCUGUUUUUUUCUUUCUAUUGUAUCGAAUGUUCAAACAAUAGUUUUACAAUAUAUCAUUAGCAAAGUUGAUUAAAUGCUGCUAGGAAAUGAAUUUUUAUGAGGUCAGUAUUUAUGUGUUUGUUGUGUGAUUGGCCUUUGAUUCUUUAAUACUUGCAAUUUUAUCAAUUUUUAAAAAAGAAAAAACAUCUCCAAAUUCCAAAUAUCAACUUAAGAAAAACCCCUCGUGUUGUGCGAUGAGAAGGUUGAAGAGAAAGUAAAGUUGUUUCUCUGAAUUUUAGCAAAAUGUUAUCCUUUAGGAGUGUUUAUGCAUCUUCAUAUGCUGAGAUACGAGUAAUGUUGUUUGCACCGUCUUAAAUUUGUUCACUUUUUUAGUUUGAACGUGUAGAGAUUUUUGGCAAAAUAUGAUUUGUUACUUCUGUGGUCUCCAUGGUGGCUGUUUUUGCGUUCAACUAGAGACAAAUCAAAAACACCUUUCGUAGGUGGGAUGUUGCUGCUCAUGGUAGCAAUACAGUAAGGACAAUUGGACUUGCGAGAAAAAAAAAGUGACUUGAGGAGAAGUAGGAAUACACCCUUUGUCCUUUGUUUCUUCCUCCAAUGUAUGCAUCUAUUGAAGGAGCAGUAGGAAUACACCUUAUCUUGAUAUUGAAGGAACAAAGGACUAGAGGAUGAUUGAAGGAGUAGUUUUGGUGAAGGCAGAUGAUUUCUUUGUGUGUAUCAAUAGAUGAUGUUGAAGACAUAUGAUGGACAGAAAUGAGAGAAAUAGAAGAUGUGUAGGGCCUUUCAAUUAUAGAGAGUGAGGAAGCUAAAAUAUAAAUUAUUCUAUUUUUUAGCUUUCCAAUCAGAGCAUACAUUUGAGAUUUUAUCCUCCAAAUUAUUUAUAAAAUAGCAUAUAUUGGAGGUAUAUAAUACUACGCCUAAAGUUUGUAAUAGUGUUCUUUUUUGUAUAGAUACUUCAAAAAAAACUCUGUAUUCCAUAUUUUUACAUAGUAGAUAUUUUUUCCGUGUUGGUACUUAUUGCUUUAUUGUUAAUAAAUAAUUCUUAACUUAUAAGCUGCUUUUAAGUCUAAUAUUCUUUCUAGAGAUACCAAAAGCCUGCAAAUCAAAAAAAAACAUCUCAUACAAAUUCAAUGUAAAAUGUCACAAAGCCUAUUGUGCUACAUUUGACUCCAUUCCAAUUGAUAUCCUAAGAUAGGAGGUGAUGGACAGCACUCAAUCUAUGAGUCCUCAAUCUGCAAGCCAAACCAGUAACAAUUUGGUUGCUAAAAUAGAUAAACUCAGUGUUGGAUUAAUGGAUUAAAUCCCCGGGAGGUUCGCCCUGCAAAGCAGGAACCCAGAUCCACAACAUCUCAGGUUAAUGGAUUAAAUCCUCACUAGCAAUCACUAAAAAGAAAGAUUGUUUAAAUAUAAAUAAUUCAAAGGUGAAAUAUAAAGAUAAUAAUUUGCCUCAGUUAAAUCCAGAAAUAUCAUAUGGUAUAUGACUUCACACAGGAGGUUCAUCCUGGCAAGCAGGAACCUGGCUCCACCACACCUCAUUUAUAUGGAUUUGAUCAUCAAAGGCAAAAGUUUCAUAAAAUCGAGCAUGUGAAAAUGGUUGCGAAUAUCACAAACUCCAAGCUCAUUUUUUGCAGAAAAGAAGCUGAUAGAUAAAACAUGGCUUUCUGAGUUUUUCAGACAAAAAAUGGCAAAAAUAUAGGGGGAAAAGAGAGAUCUUAGGAGGCUCAGAGAACAAAAACAGCUCUUUCAAUCAAUGAUGUUCAGAAGCAGAACUGGCGUUUAAAGCUGAAUUGUUAUCAUCACAGCAGUAGAUCAACUAACUCAAACAAGAAAUCUGAAAAAAAACUUAUGGCUCAUAUUAAGAAAUUCAACCAUUGUUAUUUUUCUGCUUCAUUGCCAAAGCUCGGAAGCGCGGAUAAAACACUAAUCAUCGCCAAAUUCUUCAAAAAAGAACCAGAGAUUUAAAACCGCAAGAACAAAUUCAAAAUGAAUUCAAACAGAUGAUUAGAAUCAAAAGAAAAUUGUAGUGUCGCCGUUGAUUUGACACAGAAAAGCCACGGAAAAAGAUGUACAAGGGCUAAACUGCAACACUAGCGGCUGGGAGACGAAGAACCCACCGUCCUCCCAAAUACUCUCUCCAUGCCAAUGGAAGCUCUUCGUUUUCCCCAUACUCAAUCGCCCCAUUUCCAUUGCAGUAUCUUUACCCCGCCGACGUUCAAUUACCCCGUCAAGUCCUCCGCCGCCGGCGUCAGGAGAACAGCUCCCCGAGCUUCUUCUUCAAUCUCCGCCGCGGUCUCCAGAGCUGCGGCGGCGACGACGGAGGUCUGGUCCGCCACAUCUCCGGCCACUUCUCAUGAACUGCCGUUAGUUUCUCCGAGCUCCCUCACUUCAGAGCCGGGAUGCCUUCUGCCGAAACUGCCUCCCCCCGGCGAGAAUGGCUCCCUUGGCCCCAGCGGCAUCGAGUAUUUGACCGGAAUAUUGUCUGCUAAGGUUUACGAUGUGGCGUUUGAGUCCCCGCUGCAGUUGGCCACGAUUCUCUCCCGGAAGCUGGGGAACAACAUCUGGAUCAAACGAGAGGAUCUUCAGCCUGUCUUCUCAUUCAAACUUCGAGGAGCAUAUAACAUGAUGGCCAGACUCCCAAAGGGGCUUCUGGACAGAGGAGUCAUAUGUUCGUCUGCUGGCAAUCACGCUCAAGGCGUUGCGUUGGCUGCAAAGAAACUCGGUUGCACCGCUGUAAUCGUGAUGCCCGUUACUACACCUGAGAUCAAGUGGGAAUCAGUAGAAAGACUAGGGGCAACCGUUGUCCGGGUUGGGGACACAUAUGAUGAAGCACAAGCAUAUGCGAAAAAGAGGGCCCAAGAGGAAGGACUCACAUUUGUGCCCCCAUUUGAUCACCCUCAUGUAAUCAUGGGACAGGGCACAGUUGGGAAGGAAAUCAUGAGCCAGGCGAAAUGUGGCGUAGAUGCCAUAUUUGUGCCCGUUGGCGGGGGUGGGCUCAUUGCAGGCAUCGCCGCCUACGUUAAGAUGGUGAAUCCGGACGUGAAGAUAAUUGGAGUUGAGCCAAACAACGCGAAUGCCAUGGCUUUGUCCCUGCAUCAUGGUCGUAGAAUAAUGCUGGAUCGAGUGGGGGGUUUUGCAGAUGGCGUGGCUGUUAAAGUGGUCGGGGAAGAAACAUUUCGUCUAUGCAGGCAUCUAAUAGAUGGGGUUGUCUUAGUUACCCGGGACGCCAUUUGUGCCUCAAUAAAGGACAUGUUUGAGGAGAGAAGGAGCAUUCUAGAGCCAGCAGGUGCACUUGCUCUAGCAGGUGCAGAAGCCUACUGCAAACAUUACAACCAAAAGUAUCAAAACAUAGUUGUUGUUGCCAGCGGGGCCAACAUGAACUUUGACAGACUAGGACAGAUAUUGGUGGUAGACAAUGUGAGGCCAACAUGAACUUGUGAGUUGAACACCAUUUUUGAAGAACUUGGUAGUUUCCAAUCUUUUACGAUAAUAUUUGAGACUCGUGUCUCUAAAAUGUUGACAUGUGUCGUCUUACAUCGCAAAUUUUAAAUAACACGACAUUAGAAUAAAUUACAUGGCAUGCU